AUGUCCAUAAAAUUCGAAGUCAACCAUUCUCUCUCCUUGCUACUGAACUCCCCCAAAAUUCCCUAUCUACAUAGUAAUUCAGGAACCAAAGUAUGGGAGGAUCUUGCUGCGGCCACCAGUGCAGUGCAGGCUAUGGCGAUUGCAGCGGCAGCUGUUAUUGUGCCGUUGGGUGUUCUCUUUUUCCUAUCUGGGCUCAUUGUCAAUUUCAUUCAGGCAGUAUGUUUUGUGCUAAUAAGGCCAUUGUCGAAGAACAUUUACAGGAGGAUAAAUAGAGCAGUGGCAGAGCUUUUGUGGCUCGAGCUUGUUUGGCUGGUUGACUGGUGGGCUGGAGUUAAGAUCCAAGUGUACACAGAUUCUGAAACCUUUAAAUUGAUGGGUCAAGAACAUGCACUCGUCAUAUGUAAUCAUAGAAGCGACAUUGAUUGGCUUGUAGGAUGGGUUUUGGCUCAGCGAUCAGGUUGCCUUGGAAGCGCUUUAGCUGUUAUGAAAAAAUCAUCAAAGCUCCUUCCAGUCAUAGGAUGGUCCAUGUGGUUUUCAGAGUAUCUCUUUCUUGAAAGAAGCUGGGCAAAGGAUGAAACCACUUUAAAGUCAGGUCUUCAACGGCUAAGGGAUUUCCCUCAGCCCUUUUGGCUGGCACUUUUUGUGGAGGGUACACGUUUUACUCAAGCAAAGCUUUUGGCUGCUCAAGAAUAUGCUACUUCAGCAGGGAUGGCAAUUCCAAGGAAUGUUUUGAUUCCUCGAACAAAGGGUUUUGUGACAGCAGUAAGUCAUAUGCGCACAUUUGUUCCGGCCAUUUAUGAUGUAACUGUUUCUCUCCCCAAAACUUCACCCGCACCUACCAUGAUAAGACUCUUUAAAGGGCAACCUUCUGUGAUGCAUGUCCACCUCAAGCGACACUUGAUGAAGGAUUUGCCUGAAACAGAUGAUGCCGUUGCUCAGUGGUGUAAGGAUGCCUUUGUGGCCAAGGAUAAGUUAUUGGACAAGCAUGUAGCCGAGGAUUCCUUUGGUGAACAAUUGCAAGACACUGGCCGGCCAGUGAAGUCCCUAUUGGUUGUCGUUUCUUGGGCAAUUCUACUCGUUUUUGGGGCCCUAAAAUUUUUCCAGCGGUUCUCACUUCUCUCCUCGUGGAAAGGUCUCACUUUUUCAGCAGUAGCAUUGGCUAUUGUCACGAUUCUUAUGCAAAUCUUGAUUCAGUUCUCUCAAUCAGAGAGGUCGACCCCUGCCGAAGUUGCCCCAGCAAAGCCGAAGAAGGGGAGAGAGACUUCAGGGACUCAAGAACAUAAACAGCAGUAA